UUUUAAAAAAAACCCCAACAUUUCAACUUCAAGACUUGCAGUUAUUUCCCGGGACCGCGUUAGCGUGCGGCGGCGAGGCCAUGCGGUGAGAGUCUUGUGAAGACAACAAUCUGAAGACAAUGCAUCUGUGACCCCUGAUACCAGCUUGUGAGUUGGGGCGAUGGAAGUUAUAGAGGGCCGCCAGCAUACUGGUCCUGUGAUAGCUCCAAAUGGAUAUGCAAGCAGGAUUUUCCAAGCAAACAUGGAGGAAGGGAGUACUGACACACUGGAGGUCUGUGGUGCUGAGCGCUGCACCUCCAGUGAUGCAAUCUCAAAUGAACGGGAGGAAGCGCCCAGGUAUAAGAAGGCGACCAAGGGCAACCGGAUCUGGAAUUUUGUUAGACGAAGGAAAGGACUCUCUACGAAUAAAGGAAGACCCCAGUCCAUGAUCCUACUGGGAGUUACCUCUGAGGUCUCAGAAUUAAAAAAAACAUCCUUCUUGGACAGGGUAAGGCCAUUAAAAAAGGGAAGAACCUCCAGGAUGCCUAAGAAUGUGGAUUUGAGAGCAUCCAGAGUUCAGGUUGCUUGUGACCCUGAGGAGGACCAUCAAGCCAGCGGGCAAAGAGCUGUCUACAGGGUUAAGAAACUGGGUGACAGUCGGAGGCCCUCCCGCCACUCAUAUGCGGGGUACAUUGACGAUUUGGAUUCUUCUUUUGAAGACAUAGAACUGAAUAUCAGCAUUCCUGAAACUGAUGCCAGUGAAAGUAAAUGUCUCAGGGAUAUUAGUGUCAGAUUACACAGUGAAGAUAAUGAUAGUAACUGCCAUAGAACACCAGCUAGAAAAAGCGAGUCUUUGAAUUUUGAAAACUUUAAGAGUCCUGCAAUUACAGAAGGGGACAAUCAAAAGAGGUGUACUGUGCUCCCACAGGAGAGCAGAAGAGGAAGAAGCUCUGAUGUCUGGAGCUAUCUGAAAGGAAUUUCAUUAACUAGCAAAGAUAAUUCAAAGCUUCCAGAUCAAAGGGCUGAAACCAAUUUCCAAAACUUACAAAAUAUAACUGAUCAUUCUACUCCUUAUUUUGACUUUGAUAUGAGAUGUGAGGAGAAUCUCAGCCAGCGGAAAAAAUCAAACAGUGCAACCAAAGCCACUCACUUUGGGGGUGUUGUGAGGUUCUUCACCAGUGUGGCCGAGGCAGCUCGGAGGCUGCGAGGCUCCUCAAGGGCAUUUUCACCUGAUGAGAAAAGGCCUCAGCGGAGUUUCCGAAGCUGGAGGCAGGAUGUUACUUCCCACAAGGAGGACUUGGUUAUCGAGAACGAGAGUGCAAGGGCCUUCUGCACGGUGGGAGCAUGUCUGCAGUCCCCAGAUUCAGGCACAUGGGACAAUCUGAGCUUUGAGAGUUUGGUAGGGAAGGAGCCCAUGCAGCACUGCAAAACCACAGGAGUGUCACAAGACAUUGGUUCCUCUGCCCUGGGCAGUGAGAAUGAUAGAUUUAAUGAAACAUCACUUUCUCCCUUUGGGCCAGAACCAUCCAUCUCCCACCUGCCAGAGCUUGCAGAUGACUGUUUCACUGAGCUAAAUACUAAAGACCCCUCCGAGGAUCUGAUUGGCAUUCCACAGACAACUCCGACUAAACAGAUUCAGGAUUCGGGCCGUAUUCCAGAGAAGACACAGGUUGUGGGUGGGGACCUGCCAUGUUCUCAAGGUCUUCCUGUGAAUAAUCUGGAUACUGCAGACCUGGGCCAUUCUUCAGCUGCAGAUGGUGACUUUUCUGCAGUAACUGGGGCUCUGAUCCACCUUCCACAGACAUUGCUGGCUAAACUUGACACCGAGGACAUGGUGUGUGCUCCAGUGGUUGCUAAAGACAUGGAUCCAUCUUCAGCAGUGGCUCAGGAGCUUUCAAAGACAGAACUGGAUAUGCAGGACUUGAGAAAUCCUGAGCUGCCUUUGCAAGACUUGUCUAGAGGUGAGCUGGGGAUUCGAGACUCUGGCAGUACUCUGGAGAAGACACAGGUUGUGGGCAGGGACCUGCCAUGUUCCCAAGGUCUUCCUGUGAAUAAUCUGGAUACUGUGGACUUGGGCUGUUCUCCAGCUGCAGAUGGUGACUCUUCUGCAGUGACCGAGGCUUUGAUCCAACUUCCACAGACAUCGCUGACUAAACUUGAUACUGAGGACAUGGCGUGUGCUCCAGUGGUUGCUAAAGACAUGGAUCCAUCUCCAGCAGUGGCUCAGGAGCUUUCAAAGACAGAACUGGAUAUGCAGGACUUGAGAAAUCCUGAGCUGCCUUGGCAGGACUUGUCUAGAGGUGAGCUGGGGAUUCGAGACUCUGGCAGUACUCUGGAGAAGACACAGGCUAUGGGCAGGGACCUGCCAUGUUCUCAAGGUCUUCCUGUGAAUAAUCUGGAUACUGUGGACUUGGGCUGUUCUCCAGCUGCAGAUGGUGACUCUUCUGCAGUGACUGAGGCUCUGAUCCACCUUACACAGAUGACCCUGGCUAAAGAGAUUCAAGACACUGGUAGUACUCUGGAGAAGACACAGGUCAUGGGCAGGGACCUGCCACGUUCUCAAGACCUUCCUGUGAAUAAUCUGGAUGCUGCAGACCUGGGCUGCUCUCCAGUUGCUGAUGUUGACUUUUCUAUAGUGACUUUUUUAAAAUGUGCCACAGUUAAAGGACAGGUUUUAGAGCAGACUGAUUGCCGCAUUAAAAAGCGUGGUACCACUUCAUUUGUAGAACAAAACUCUGUGGAGAUAACGGACAACGGGGAACAGUUUAACUGUAACGACGAGUGCCAUCCGUUCCAAGUGCACAUCUCUAGAAUUGUCUCCUCUGGACGGCUCAAAAAUGGAAAGCCGAUGUCUCAUCCUUCUCAACCAUCCCCACAAACACCACCCUUCAAGGUCCUUGUGGAGAGAUGUCGCUCCGAACCCCUCUCCCAGAGCACCCCGAUGGGGCUGGACCAGGUGGGAGGACGCAUGCAGCACUUGCUCAGAAGACGCGCUGAGAACGAACAGUCUUCAAAGACUCUGAAGGUGCGCGGGAACUGCAGGAACGGUGGACGUCGAUGGAACCUCUUCAAGCCUGGAGCUGAGAAGCUGCAAAUCAGUAGGCUGAUCAGUGGUGGUUCUAUUGUAAGUGCUGAGGCAGUAUGGGAUCACGUCACCAUGGCCAACCGGGAGUUGGCGUUUAAAGCAGGAGACGUUAUCAAGGUCCUGGAUGCUUCCAACAAGGACUGGUGGUGGGGUCAGAUCGAUGAUGAAGAAGGAUGGUUUCCCGCCAGCUUUGUGAGGCUAUGGGUAAACCAAGAAGAUGGAGUGGAGGAGGGAACCAGCGAUGUGCAGAAUGGCCAUUUGGAUCCAAGCGCCGACUGCCUCUGUCUCGGCAGGACCGUUCAGAACCGGGACCAGAUGAGAGCCAAUGUCAUCAAUGAAAUCAUGAGCACGGAGCGCCACUACAUCAAGCACCUCAAGGACAUUUGCGAGGGUUACUUAAAGCAGUGCCGGAAGAGGAGGGAUAUGUUCAGUGACGAACAGCUAAAGAUCAUCUUUGGUAACAUCGAAGAUAUCUACAGAUUUCAGAUGGGUUUUGUCCGGGACUUGGAGAAACAGUACAACAACGAGGACCCCCAUCUCAGUGAAAUCGGACCGUGUUUCCUUGAACACCAAGAUGGCUUCUGGAUCUAUUCAGAGUACUGUAACAAUCAUUUGGAUGCAUGCAUGGAGCUUUCCAAGCUGAUGAAAGAUAGCAGGUACCAGCAUUUCUUCGAAGCAUGUCGUCUAUUGCAGCAGAUGAUUGAUAUUGCCAUAGACGGUUUCCUCCUGACGCCAGUGCAGAAGAUCUGCAAAUACCCCCUGCAGCUCGCAGAGCUACUGAAGUACACCGCGCAGGAUCACAGUGACUACAGGUAUGUGGCUGCUGCUCUCGCUGUCAUGAGGAAUGUGACUCUACAGAUCAACGAGCGGAAGAGGAGAUUGGAGAACAUUGACAAGAUAGCUCAGUGGCAGGCCUCCGUUCUGGACUGGGAGGGAGACGAUAUCUUGGACCGCAGCUCAGAGUUGAUCUACACGGGAGAGAUGUCCUGGAUUUACCAGCCUUAUGGACGGAACCAGCAGCGUGUUUUCUUUCUCUUUGAUCACCAGAUGGUUCUCUGCAAGAAGGAUCUGAUACGAAGAGAUAUUCUAUAUUACAAAGGUCGCAUAGACAUGGAUAAAUAUGAAGUGGUGGAUAUAGAAGACGGGAGAGAUGAUGACUUCAAUGUCAGCAUGAAGAAUGCCUUCAAACUUCAUAACAAGGAAACUGAGGAAAUGCACUUAUUCUUUGCCAAGAAACUAGAGGAGAAGUUACGAUGGCUUAGAGCUUUCAGAGAAGAAAGGAAGAUGGUAAAAGAAGAUGAAAAGAUAGGCUUUGAAAUUUCUGAAAAUCAAAAGCGGCAAGCGGCAAUGACAGUAAAGAAAGUCAGUAAGCAAAAAGCACCUUCCCAGCCGAGGAUCUCAAAGUGUUUUACAAACAUUAAUUAAUUUAGCUUCACAACCCUCCUGUGAGGUAGGUGGGUGAUGCCAUCCCGCUUUCCAGAUGAGGACACUGAUCUACUUGGGUAGAGUCGCCUCGCUCCUGCGGUUAAAACCAGGGGAGGCAAUGGCCUCGAGAUGGCCCUUGCGAAGCCUGCCACCCGUCAUGCAGCCGGGGCUGCCCUCCCCGCAGAAGGAAGAGCAGUUCUGCAUGCAGCAGAGGGGAUCCAGAGAUGGCCAGAGCUUACAGCAACCUGCUUCAGAGCCCUGCUCCUCUCUCCUUCCUGCCCUUCUCUGGAGUUGUGGUUUCCAGCCGAUCACGCUACCCUGAGGCUGAAGGAGGGAUUAUCCCUCAUCAGUGGUGUUGUGGGGAAGGAAAUACAGAAGUAGCUAUAUUACUCUUCCCUGUAGUCUACGCUUCGGUGGUUGGUGACUUGCCUCCCUUCUGUUCCACCUCCAUUCACCCAGAGCUGCCCUUUCUACACCGUCCUUUACAACAGGUUGCGUAGGUCCCAGCUUGCUGAAGCCCCCCCUUUCCCUGGGAAAGCUGUAAGGGCAGCAUCCCUCACCCCGUUCCUGCACAGGAGCUGUGACUCACGUAUGUGGCAAUUAUGCGUCUAGAACCUGAAAGCGUAGCCUUGCCAGUCCAUCCAUUGCUACCAGUUUGGAUUGAGCAGAAUCAGCCUUUCCUGCAUUGUGUGCAGCCGUUUUUGGCUGAAACCAGACUGGUAGAUUUAAAACGAACCCUAUGGAAAAGUCCUACAAACUUUCCUAAAGAAAAUAAUGAGUUGCCCUUUGUAUAGGUAGAAUAGCGCUGAAGCAGCGCGGGUCCCUGCAGCGUAGCGCUUCCUCCAAAGCAGCUCUGCUCCAUUCUGGCGCAGGAACCGGUGACAAGUGGUCCUCGGGGUCACGCUGCUCAGGGCUGGUCACCGGGGCAUGUUGGGGCAAAACCGCUUUCCGAGCGUAGCUGGGAGGGAGGGUGAAAACGAGCUUGGCAACAGCAAGCGUUAAAUUCGCGAGCGGGCUGAAUGAUGCGGUUGUCUGCCUGCGUCUGACCAGAUUGAUACUGCAUAUGGCCUGGCCGUGCUUGUGCCUCGUUAAGUCACGCAGGACUUUUCCAUGAGGGCAGGCAAAACUCUGCCAGUACCAAAGUAAUGGAUCUUUUCCAAAUCUUCAACUCGUGGUCUAGUGUAGGUAGCCUCUGAGCUGAAAGUUUAGGCAGCUGCUGCGUUCCUCCAUAGAUUUGCCAUCUCUAGCACGUCUCCCUGGUGUUUGGGACCCUGGUUAUUAAGUGAUAAGAAGCGAUAGCAUGACGAAGAAAGACUAUUGACCCAAUUGCACUUUGACUGAUCUGUUUCUUUUUCCCCCCAAUCAUCGAUGCAGGUGUGAGCUACUCCAAGUCGGUUCCUCCAGCCUACCCACCACCCCAGGAUCCAUUAAAUCAGGGACAAUACAUGGUGACAGAUGGCAUAUCCCAGUCCCAGGUCUUCGAGUUCACCGAACCCAGACGCAGCCAGGCACCAUUCUGGCAAAACUUCAGCAGGUUAACACCAUUCAAAAAAUAAUACCUAGAGAGAUGGAGAAUUUUAACUUAAAAGAACUAAAAUUUAAAAAUAAAAAUAAAUAAAAUUA